GGUGACUUCGUGUAUUAAAUAUAUGCAAGAGCUACGUGACCAUAAAAUAUUUACAAUCCAGAGCUAGUAAGAUAGCUAACGCUGUACGUAUACCCCCAUAUUUGGUUACUCUUACUGGUGAUCUGAAAAGAAAUUUUCAAAAAAUGCAAACAGUCGAAGAAGCAGUUUUUACAGAAUAUGGUGGCUUUGCUGAUCAAAACCUAAAUGCAUCAUCACACAAACGAAAAAAAUGCGUCCGACGCUGUUUAUUUGGACGUCCAAAUCACGAUGAAACAAGUCGUUCUUUAAAAUACGAACUUGAAUGUAUAUAUGCUAAUGACAGUUUAAGAUGGAAUUUCGAUUUUAGGGAGGAGAAACCAUUGAGUGGAUCAUGGGUGUGGGCAGAAGUUGGGCAAAAUGAUCCGGAAAUUCCUAACGUCUACGGUCGAAUGGUUAAUAGAGAUGGUGUGGAAAACAACUCCCCACGUGCAACUGUUCCUCUACCUGCUGAAAUAACCACAGAACCAUCUAAUGUAAUAACAGAUACAUCCCAUGCUGUGACUUUUACGAACCACUUGAAUAGAGUAGGUGUAAGAAAGCAGCACUCAAAAUCAUGUCAAACAUCGCUUUCUGAUUAUCUACCAGUGAAGAAAGCAAUGAGAGGAAUGAAAGUGAGAAAUCCACAUCAAACGAGUGCUCACAGCUCUGUUGAGUAAAUGGGACGUUUUCUGAAGCAAACUAAGAGAGAAUUGAAGCAGUCUGUGAGGAUUGUGUUCACCAUCAUUGGCUGAUAACCAACUUUUCUUUACCACGUGAUUCAGAACUGGCCGUCACCGCUGUAUAACAUGUAUGAUAGGAAGACCAGAUAACUUUAUUAUACGGAACCAAAUGAGACGUGUCGUGUGUCGUGAUGGUGUAUACUCAAGUUUCUACUGAAGAGGUUGAUGCCAAAGGAAUAUUUGAUCAGAGUUAUAAAGCUUUUUUCUUUUGUGAAUUUCACAAUAACUCAAACAGUCGAACGUAUUUAAAUAACCCCAAAAUAAUUUGACUUUUAAGUUUAUAUCUGAACUAUUCGCUGCCGUUAUUGGGUCAUUACAUAAGCGUGAUAUAUAACCAUUUGAACAAAAAGUAUUUGGUAGUGUUUGGUUUACAUAUUCUAAAAUUAAGAGGCAUUCGCACCUGUUAUGUCUUGUAAUAUGUCAUUCUAAAUGAUCUUGCAGCGUUGUGUAUGUCAUAAUACUCCUACCACGUUAUGCAACAUGUGUGUUUGAUGCACGCUAUACCAAUAUUGCAAGUAUGCUUUAUAAUGUAUUAAUAGUUGCUUCAUAUGAGAAAUAAUUGUGAUUUUUUCAGAGAAGAAACGACAGUCUAUGUACAUUAGAAGCUAUUUAUGAUUUUUUUAAAGUGACAAUACUCUGCUUCUCGAGAUAUAUAUUUAAAUGAUUUUGUUAAGGAUAUUAAGUUGAAUUUUUUUUAAAAGAAAAGUUAGUUAAAAAUAAUACACGUUGAAAAUGUGGAAUUAUAUUAUAAGAACGUGUAAACUAUUUAUAAUAUAAUAGCACUAGUAUUGUAGUUACGUUUUCGUUAAGUGUUUAAGAACCAAGAUGUAUUUUUUUAAAUAAGUAUCACAUAACAUAUGUAUUUACUAGACCGGACUGAGAUUCAUGGUUUUUAUGACGUAAUAUUAAGGGACUUGUAUAUGAUAAAACAUUAGCGUUACUUUAUAAUCCAUUUCUGAGUAAAGUUAUUAUUAUAUCAAGAUAGAGCUUGAGACAGAGAAAGUAAUGAAAACGUUAUAUUCAUACACGUUCAUUGUAUCAUACUGGGAGGAGACAUCCGGGCGUAAUCAAACAUAAAACUUUGAACAAGCUGCUCUUAUCAGUAUUGUUACAUAUCGAUUUAAUAUAAUAAAUAAUUUGGGCACGCGCACUCAUGGAUGAAUAUAUAGGUAUUGGGUUUAAUUAAUCCUUUUCCUAACUCGUUCCUAUUAACCUCGUGAUAAUAUGGUUGUCAAGAGUGACGGUAAAAUUCCAAUAUUCUGUCAGCUGUAGCUGCCUUACGUCUAGUCUCAUCAAUUCAAAAUUAUGGACCGUUAUACGCGAAUAGACCUUUAUGUAGCUUUGCACGAAAAGUCUAAACUUGUUCUUCUCUAAGACAUUCGACUUUGAAAUGACAAGUGUGUGCGUGCGUUAUAUCAUCCACUUUCAGAAUAGUUUUUUUUUCUUCUUUGCUUUGUUUUAAAAUAUUACUGUUUUUACAUUUUUAUUUACAGCUUUUUGUACAGUUCUCACAUACGUAAAAAUAAAUGUUGUUUGAGAA